UUUCCUAUAAACAGACUCAGAUGUGAUUCCCGUAAUGAUGAUCAGACGGUGUCACAAUCAACAUUAAGGAAAGGCUUUGAUUCUCUGCUGUCAAGUGGCUAAAAGUCCCACUCAGAGGCUAUUAUCCUGCAAAGCAUGGUGCACCGAGACCGGGGAGGGGAGGGGGGCAUCAAAGGCUCUAAAGUCUGGGCCCCAAACACCCCUCCUCCACCUCUCACAAACCACCUGGGGAGCCGGGAAUGACAGAAUCCACUUAUUGCAAAGCACAGUAUGACUUUUAUGGCAGAAAUAAAGAUACCUUUCAGUAUCUUGUUCUGUCCGGAUUUCUGGAUCCACAUUCAGACUCAGGUGAGAGCAGCGCUGACCACAGCUGCUGCUGCUGCUGCUGCUGCUGGAACAGUCCCCGCAAUGAAUUAAAGGAAAGAGAGGGCUGGGACUCCAACCACUUUCUCCUCCUCGUCCAUCCUCGACGCCACAACUCUCUUCCCCAGCCUCCAGAGGAAGAUCUCGCAGAUCGGGACAGGAGAGAAGCCCCUCCCCACAGAUCGCGGCACUGCUCGGUAGUUUUAACUUCAUUGUUGGAGAAGAAGCGACGCCCCGCUUUUCCAACUACAAAGGAUCAAACACCCCCCCUGUGAUCAGCGCGACCCCCGGUUUUGUUCUCAUGGAAAUCAGACCCUGCCUCCCGGCCACACUUUCCGCAGAGAUGCAAAGUUGAGGGCGCAUUCCCAGCCAGGUCAGCGAACGAGGAUGAUGUCUCGGAGGAGCUGAUCGUUUUAUUCGUCCCUCUUCUUCAUCUUCUGCACGUGUCUUUCUAGUCGUUACUCCUCUUUCUCUCUCUCUCUCUGGCGACCUUGAACCGCACACUUUUAAUGUGUGUCCAACAUGCUGGAUUUGAUACAGUGGAUUGUUUUCUGCGCGCUCCUCGGCUCCGUUUACGCGUCGUGCCCUCCGCGCUGCGAGUGCUCGGAGGCGGCUCACACCGUGAAGUGCGUCUCCAAAGAGCUGCGGAGCGUCCCGGCCGGGAUCCCCGGAUACACCCGGAAUCUGUUCAUAACUGGGAACCAGAUCAGUCGCAUCGGUCCGGAGUCUUUCAAAGGACUGGAUAAUGUGACCAAUCUGUCACUGAGUAAUAACAGAAUAUCCGAGGUGGAAUCACACACCUUUGCCGGUCUCCGCAACCUUCGCUCUCUGGAUCUGAGCAACAACCAGCUGGCCGUGAUUCACCCCGAGGCCUUCACCGUCCUGAACCAGUCUCUGCGGGAGCUCAACCUGAGCCGAGCCCUCUACAACCACUCAUCGGUGAUGGACCUGGCCACGUCUCUGCGCUGGAGCUCCCUGGGGAACCUGCAGGGACUGGACCUGUCCGACAACAGCCUCAUCUAUUUGCCCUCGCACGUCUUCUCCCAUCUGACCAGCCUGCGGCGACUCCAGCUCUCCAACAACUCCCUGGUGGCCAUCCACAACUCCACCUUCUCGGGUCUGGACAUCCUGGAGGAGCUGGACCUCACACUGAACGCCCUCAAGGCAUUGCCCGAGGAGGGUCUGCGGGAGCUGGACUCCGUGCCCAGAGCCGCUCUGCUGCUGGGGGAGAACCCAUUCACGUGCACGUGUGGAAUUGAACCCUUCGCUCUGUGGCUCAACAGAUCACAGGGUCGCAUCAGAGAUGCCGAGGGCCUUGUGUGCGCCUUCCCGGCCGGCAUGAGGAACACAUCCAUGCUCGCUGUCGGCACGUUGACUCUGGGAUGCCACCAGAGGGACGCAGGGGCAGACCUCGCUCUGCAGACCUCCUACGUCUUCUUGGGCAUUGUCCUCGGUUUUAUAGGCCUCAUCUUCCUUUUUGUACUUUACCUCAACCGCAAGGGCAUCAAGAAGCGCAUCUACGACAUGCGGGAUGCCUGCAGGGAGGUGUGGGAGGGCUACCAUUACCGCUUUGAGAUCGACUCCGACCCUAGGUUAUCACAGGUCUCUGCGAGCGCCGACUUGUGAGAGGACAAUCUGCCGUAUUUUCUUAUGUAACAGACUUUUUUUUUUCCGAUGCAUUUAUUAGUAGAGAAAAUGUAAAAUAUGUACAGAUUCGACUGUGAAUAUAUACCACACUGUUAAUAUUUCAGCCUCGUUGUUUGAAGCAUGCACUGCCCACCUUUCCUCAUCAUCACCACUAUUAUGCUCUUUUGAUGCAGACUGCUAUCAUGGUUUUCUUUGCUAAACGGACACGAAUGUUCUUGCUCUUCAUGUGCACACAAAAGCCACAGUAAGUGCCUAAAGUCGGCUAGGUAUUAUUUCCCAAGAAAAAAAAAAAGACUGAUCUGAGCUCGCUUUUCUGCGCGGCACGCUCACUCGGCAUUCCGUGUCGGAUUUUAUUUAGCUCCAAAAGAGGUGACAAAACGCUGCAAUAAAGCCCUGACACUAUGAAAAACACACCUCUGGGAAUUUAAAGCACAAUCGCUCCUUCAUCUUUGAACCAUUUCAAGCCCUUUGGUCCCUCCGGGCCCCGGCCCCAGGGUGCCUGAGAAGAAUUAAGCCACCAAAAGCUUCUCCAAAGCUCUCCUUAAAAUCACCACUCUGCUCCUCUUUGGCUGUUGGAUUAGAAGAGGAGGGAGGGGGGGGACAAUUCAGCACAGGCCAGCGGAAAUCUCCUAGCCCCCUCAUUUUUUCCCCCUCUCCGUUUUUUUUUUUUUUUUCAUGAAACGUUGCUUUGUUUCAACUUCUUGAGUUUUAUUGUCAAAAUGAUGAGAACCAGUCCCGGGCUUGAGGCCGCUGAAAGCAAUCUCCCUCCCUCCUUAAAGACAACAGCCGCUCUGCAGGCUCUUUGAAGGAAAAGUCUGGCUCUCCACGUUUUUCUGUUUAGGUUUUUUUUUUCUUUUCCAAUGAUAAGACACAGAUGAUUCUGAAACACCAGCGACAUUGUUUCAUUCAGCGGUUUGCUCAGACCACAUGAGGGAGUCAAGCCUUCAGUGAAGGGAGAAGAAGAAAGUUUUUAACAUUUUACGCUCCUACAACUGGGGUCUGUGCUGAGACGAGUCAGGGAGUCAAGUUGUUUCUUGUGCAUGUUUAAACUGAAUCAAAUUCUAACCGGACAGUGAAUGAAUCCCAGACUAAGUCCUCUUCUCUCAAGUGUUGCAUCAUCUUUGUUUUUCAGUGACAAAAAAAAAAAAACAUUCUCUGUGGCCUUUUGACACUACAAGUGAGACGAACACAGACUGACAAUGGCAAGCCGCCGCUCCUCCAUGUGUUUAUUGCUCAAAUUGCUAGCUAUCUAGGUAUUUGGAGAGGGAAAAAAAGGGGAGGAGGAGGAAGAGGAGGAGGUCUGGAGCGAAGUGAAACAGCCUCCCAUUGUUUGAAGCCAAAGUAGCAUCUUCAUCCCAUCAAGAUGUUCUCCAAACUCCUCUGAUAGUGAUCAAGAAAUGUUUAUAACACGGAGCCAUUUUACUGCAUGUGGAAUGACAAAAUAAAGCAUUAGAAAGCGGUGAUGUCUGUACACUCAUUUAGACCAAAUGUAAUCUCAUGAUGUGUUAUGAAAACAGCAGAAAUGAAUGCGGUCAUAAUGUUUGGACAAAACUCUAGGUAUCAUUUCUCAGCACCACAUUAAGCCAGACAUUUACUCGCCGAGGAGAAAACAAUUGAGGCCCCGGCACGCUGACACAAAGGGCCAGCUCGGAUGGCGAGACGCCUGAGAUGAGCUUUGUUUUCCAGCGCCAAAAGAUGCCUUGUGACACUCAUUCUCUUUCCGCACUCACAGACGGCCAUUAUGCCUGCGUGUAAUAGGAUUCACUCAUGAUGACAAAUCUGAGCGCUCGGGUCCAGCUAUUGUUCAAGUGUCAUCGUUCUUAAUAACUGCCCGGGAGCGGAAGAUCCCAGGAGGAGUUUUCAUUUGCAAUUACACAACGUGUCACACCCGGGGCAUCAACGGGGCCGCCGGUUAUUGGCGUCGGUUUGCGGAGCAGAAAGAAGAAAAAUGAUUCUCUGCAUGUCAUUACUUCCGUUCCUGCCCAUUAAAGUGGGGAUUAGAGACCA